GAGGCAGAGAGAAGGAGACUCAGAAUCUGAAGCAGGCACCAGACACCGAGGAGUCAGCCCAGAACCUGACGCGGGGCUUGAACCCAUGACCUGAGUUCAUGACCUGAGCUGAAGCUGGCCGCUCGACUGACUGAGCCACCCAAGCACCCCACACAUUUUAUUACUUUUAAAACUUUCUCAGUAACAUAUUUACACCAGCAGUUUGUGAGUGGCACAAUGGAUGAAUCUAGAAUUUGCAGGCUAGGGGUGAAAGCAGAUAGGUUGUGUGACUCUCAAUCGAACGAUACUCUUCAGCACCAAGACUCAAAUUUUGCUCGCGCAAGUAGCAGGCAUUCCUUGCAAGAGGAUGAAGACAGUAACUGUGUAAGAAAGAACAGGAAUUUGGUGAACCCAGUGUACUGCACGCAAGAGUCAAGAAUGGAGCCUCCUGGGCCAGAUGGUGGAAGAGAUCCUUCUGAUGAUCAGCAAGAUUCACAGUGCAACAGGAACAAAGGAAAAACCUUAGGAAAAGAAGUGUUACUAUUGAUGCAAGCCUUAAACACUCUUUCAACUCCAGAGGAGAAGCUGGCAGCUCUCUGUAAGACAUAUGCUGAUCUUCUGGAGGAGAGCAGGAAUGUUCAGAAGCAAAUGAAGGUUCUGCAGAAGAAACAAGCCCAGAUCAUCAAAGAGAAAGUUCACUUGCAGAGUGAACACAGCAAGGCCAUCUUGGCAAGAAGCAAACUAGAGUCUCUUUGCAGGGAACUUCAGCGUCACAAUAAGACACUAAAGUUUCUCAGCUCAAGCGCCACUGGGCCACACAGCUUCCAGGAGUUGUCAGAAGCCCUGAAGUUCAGAUGGGGUUACAAGCCACUUUCCACAGAAGGUGGGGUGGUGUCUCAGCAUCUUUCCUGCACAGGGCCAGCCAGGUUUCCUGGCCAGCAAACCUCCUCAUUUAAGGAUGCAAGUCACACCGACCUCCAGGCUAGUGAGUUCCUGGAUCAUAGUGCACCUCCAACUUGAUUCUGCAGAUGAGUG